UUCAGACUAAUAACAGUCCAACGGCUCCAUAACCCGGAAGCAGCAGCGCUAAAGGUCGUUUAGCAUCACGCUACCAACAUGGCGGUGAACCUCACAGAUCUCUCCCUGCCUCAAUUAGAGGGGCUGAAAACUCAGCUAGACCAGGAGAUUGAGUUCCUGACGUCUUCAAUAGGUCAACUCAAAGUUGUCCAGACCAAGUAUGUUGAAGCUAAAGAUAGUUUGAAUGUCCUGAACAAAAACAACGAAGGAAAAGAAUUGCUUGUGCCCCUUACCAGUUCUAUGUAUGUCCCUGGAACACUAAAUGAUGUGGAGCAUGUUUUAGUGGAUGUGGGAACAGGAUACUAUGUUGAAAAGAAUGUGGAAGACUCAAAGGCCUUCUUCAAGCGUAAAGUAGACUUCCUCACAAAGCAGAUAGAGAAAAUUCAGCCAGCCCUUCAAGAAAAACAUGCCAUGAAACAAGCUGUCAUUGAAGUAAUGAAUGUGAAGAUCCAGCAGUUACAACAGAGCCAGCAAGCAUCACAGAUGGUUGGAACCACAAAGGCCUAAAUAGAACACAUGUUGAGCUUUUCAUCAUUUAGGCAUUUCUAAGUGUGUGUUUAGACAACUUUCAUCCACCGCUGUAGGACGAGAAUAUUAAGUGCACGAACCUUGUUCUAAUUUAGCUAAGCUAUUGUCACAGUAAAGCAAGCAUGUGUACCAAUUACAAAUGAAUGAAAUUGGCUGUUUGGUUAUUUUGAUAAUUAAACAAGUCACUGUGGAUUCAA